CCCGCUUGAAGUUUCGCUUUAAGUUUCGCUUUCGCUCCCGGCCGGCCGGACCAGCAGCAAGAUGUCAGAGGAUCAGCUUGGUGAUCUCCCUGCUGGAGAGGGAGGGGAUGGAGAUGUCUCUGAUGUAGUUGAUGCAAGGCCAGACAGAAGCAGCAGGUUCUCAGUUUUUAGAACAAAAAAGAAGAAUGGAGAAGAAGAGCAGCCAAAGCCCUCUCUCAGUAAUCAAUACCGAAUUGUUACACCCACAUUCCAGUACAAUAUGGAUUACAAGAAAGUUGGCAAAUGUAUUAUUAUAAACAACAAAAAUUUUGAAGAUAAAACAGCAGGAAUGGGCACACGCAAUGGCACCGACAAAGAUGCUGGAGAUCUUGCCAAGAGUUUUAAAAACUUAGGGUUUGAGGUCCUAAUAUACAAUGACCGAAGCCGUGGUGAUAUGGAAAAAUUACUGAAGCAAGCUGCUGAGGAGAACCACAGUGAUGCUGCCUGCUUUGCCUGUAUCCUCCUGAGCCAUGGGGAGGAAGGGCUCAUCUAUGGCACAGAUGGACCCAUGGCUAUCAAGAGCCUGACUGCACUGUUCAGAGGAGACAAGUGUAAAAGCCUCAUAGGCAAACCCAAACUGUUUUUCAUUCAGGCCUGCAGGGGCUCUGAAUUUGAUGAAGGUAUACAGACUGACUCUGGACCUGCCAAUGACAGGUGCCUGGAGACAGAUGCCAACCCCAGAUACAAAAUCCCAGUAGAAGCAGAUUUUCUGUUUGCUUAUUCCACGGUGCCAGGUUAUUACUCCUGGAGGAAUCCUGGAAGAGGCUCCUGGUUUGUGCAGUCUUUGUGCUCUGUGCUGAACGAGCAUGGGAAGCAGCUGGAGAUCAUGCAGAUCCUCACUCGGGUCAACUACGUGGUGGCCACGAAUUUCGAGUCGCAGUCGGACGAUCCGCGCUUCAGCGAGAAGAAGCAAAUCCCCUGCGUGGUCUCCAUGCUCACCAAGGAGCUCUACUUCUGAAAGGGCCUUCUAGGGCAGCCCCUGGGGAGAGCUCAGGGCCUGCCUUUGGCUGGAGAUGUGAUUGUAGACAGGAGUAGCACAUCUGUGAUGACAGAAAUGUGAUAACCCUAGAUUUUUAUGUUGUAUGAGCUGGGGUGUCUGGUGGAUGGACAACAUGCAAUAUUCUAAAGGAGCUGUGGGCCAGCCUGUGUCUUGGUUUCCCUCAGUGUGGCUGUCAUGAUUUAUGGCUAGUGAAGAUGUUAUGAGUCAGCUACCUGACCCAUAAAGUUUUUUUCCCAGAAAGCAGAUUGUAAAUUAAGAAUAAAAACAAAAAAUCUUGAGACUCCUCGUUUACUGCUAGGUCAUGGCACCAUAGCCUCCUUGGAAUUUCCAAAGAUCAUAUUAUGGGUAUGUCCAGUUUGUAGCUAUUUAAAAGGGUGUUUCCUGUCUAAUAUAUUAAUUUCCUUUUAAUGAACAUUAUUAUUGAAGACUAAUGGUUGCUCUGUGCUCAAUCUGGAAGUCAUUUUAAUUGGUCAUCAUUCUAGCAUAAGAUGAAUGUAUUAAAAAAAUCAAUAUUUUUAGAUUUACAUGAACAUAGAAAUGUAGAAAUGUAACAAAUAGAACAAUCAAAAAUAAAAUCAUGGUAAAAGAUUGGCAAAUUUUAUUUGGAUGAUACUGGAUUAAAGUGCCAUUGUAAAGAUAUUUUGCCUUACAAAUGAGAGUUGACUGAGAGAACAACUUGAAAUGGUGGUAUUGCAAUUCUUCUGCUUGCAGAAAUAAAAAUGUCUGCUUAUUGAUUCAGAACUUUUGAUCCAUCAGAAAGUUAAGGACAAGGCUUUAUUAUAAAACAUUAAAAUUUAAUGUUGAAAAGGUAGAAUUAUAUGUUCCAGUAACAAAUGUAUGUUUAGAUUUAACUUCUAGUUGUGAGGAGUUUUGCCAAAACUGGAAAUGCUUACUUGAAUCAGAAGUGCCUUCUUAGUUACUGUACAGUCUUAAUUUUGUGUUUUAGAGUUAUGUUGGUGGUGUUUAUAUUUCUACUUUUUAUAUUCACUUUAGUUGGUAGCUAGGUCAAAAAAGCAAGUUUAAUGAUAUGGUUAAACUGAUAAAGAAUGAGUUGUUCACCCUUUUCCCACUUAAUGUAUUCUAUGAUCCUUGCAAUCUUCUGAGAAAAUAAGUGCAUAGUAUUAAAGUUACCAAAUUGUUAAGUUUAUUUUCUUACGAAUACUGUGACAUAGGGAGACAUAUAUUUUUUCCAUAAGUCAAAUUUACAGUUGUUAGAAUUAUAUAAAUGGUGCUUUAUGGAUGUAUUGAGCAUGACAUCAAUAAAGACCUUUUUUUAAAA